AUGUCAUCCGGAUCCCACAAGGAGGUGCGACGUCUGCUCGAUGAGUGCACCCGCCACGUCGAGAGCCUGAAGUAUCUUGAACAGGAAUUCCUCGGUAUUUCCGAUUUGUUUCUGGUUCAUAUGCUGACGACCGCCAUGGACAACACGACCAGGAUGGCAUGGGAAGGCACACAGAAGAAGGGCGUGCUACCCAAGUAUGCGCAAACCAUUACGUUCCUGCAAUCGAGAUGUGAAAUGUUGGAGAACUGCGAAACAGCUUUCCAGAAGGUUAAUGCGCAGCCCGCUUCCAAAUCGACCCUGAAGGUACAAGCAUUCCAACCGAAAGCAAGCAACCCGAAGGUCCAUGCCGCCGCAACCACACCAAUCAGCAAGGAGGUUUGUGAUUUCUGCCAAGGUGCACAUCGCAACUACCAAUGCAAUGCGCUUGGUAACAUGUCCUUUGACAAACGAAUGGAGAAGGUACGCACAACUGGUGUGUGUUUCAACUGCCUGCGCAAGGGGCACAGCUCCAAGGAGUGUUCAUCACCGAGGUGCUGCCAAAAGUGUCAGAAUCGGCAUCAUACACAACUUCACAACGACGAGGUAAACCGAGAACCGAAAGCCAACGUGUCCGUUCCGAAAGAAGAGUCCCGCACAGUUCAACCGAACAGCACGGUAGCAAACCCGCCAUCCGGAAGAGAUAUACCGAGCACAUCCUGCUCGUGUAACUACGCCGAUUCCACGAAAACUGUGUUCCUGCUGACAGCGGUUGUCAACGUGCUGGACGAAAGCAUUCUUGCCGAAUACUGUUAG